UUCCACUCCUCACUCAUAAAAUCAUCCAAUCAAGUAAAUGUUUUUCCUUUCGUGGAAGCAGAGAAUUUUGGGCUGGAAAUAACAAAAAAAAUCACUAGCAAAAACCCUAACCGGACCAAACCCUAGGGUUUACCCUAACCGCACCAAACCAAAAGACUCUUCCCCUCCACAAUCCCAGAAGCCAAUCAAUCUCUCUCUCAGUCUUUUCAGGCCUAUUUGUCUAUCUCUGUCUCUCAAACACAUACACUAAAACUCCCUCUUUGUGCAAUUUUUUUCUCUGAUUUUUUCAGGGUUUUUGGGGACAAUGGAGGUGGUGGGUUUGAGCUCUGUGGAGAAUAACAUGUGGGUUUUCUCUGUUUUGGAAUCUAUGGUGGUAGAGACUGUUCUUGCUGCUGGAAAGUCUCUUGCUUGCCUUAUUAUGGUGACUGGAUCACUGCUGAAUGAUGUCAGUGUGUCACCAAAAUUGACUGCAAUGGAUGGAAGGUUUCCUUUUGAAGAACUUCACAAAAGGCAACGUCCUGAUCAGGAGAACAAAGACGGUAGUGAAACAGAGGAUGAUGACGACGACGAUGACGACGAUGAUGAUGCUAAUGAUCAGGAUGAAGAUGCUGGUGAUGAGGACUUCUCUGGUGAGGAAGGGGAGGAUGAAGGAGAUCCUGAGGAUGAUCCUGAGGCCAAUGGUGACGGAGGAAGUGAUGACGAGGAUGACGAUGACGAUGAUGGUGAUGAUGAAGAUGACGAUGAGGAUGGGGAGGACGAAGACGAGGACGAAGAGGAUGAUGAGGACGAGGAGGUUCCCCAGCCACCUUCAAAAAAGAGAAAGUGAGAAUUACAUUUCAACCUAUUGCUUUCCCAUUGGAGUCAGGAGUUUGGAGUAGGGAGGGAAAACUUAGCUUGUCAGUCUGCGUAGUAGGUUAGGAUUUCAGUCUAGUUCUAAAUGGACCUCUGUUCAGGUCUUUGUUAAGGUACCAAUUAUUAUCAUUACUAUUCUUAUUAGUAAUAGUAAUAGGACCAUGUACAUCGUGGGUUCUUGUGGAAUUAAUGGGAUAUUCAUAUAUAACUAAUUAUCUAUUGAAGUUGGAAUUUUGAUGUGAGCUUUCUA